GGACCAUCUUUUGGUUUCUCUCACUAGUCACUACUUUCUUUCUUUCUCAUCGGCAUCUCUCCUCCCACCUACUAAAGCCAAUAGAAAAGCUCUCUUCACUCAUUUCUGCUGCUGCUGCUACUUUUGCCGUCGCCAUAAGCUAUAACUUAGGGUUUCCGAGUAAUGCCGCUGCUGCUGCUUUGAAGCUUUCAUCUCAUUUCUUCUAUCGGGAGAAUGGCUGCCGUGACUAACAAAGUGUUUCUGUUCUUUCUCGCUCUUGCUCUUCUUUUGAUCUCUGGAUUUUCUCUAUCUAAGGCUGCUCCUCCUCCUACCUCAGCAAAGAUUGUUACCGGUUUCUUCUCUAACGCGCUAUCGUUCCUCGUCAAAUGGCUUUGGUCACUGAAAGCUACUUCCAAAACUGCGAUUACUGGCCGUCCAAUGAUGAAGUUUGAGAGUGGAUAUACUGUUGAGACAGUGUUUGACGGGAGUAAGCUUGGCCUUGAACCUUACUCUGUGGAAGUGUUACCUAAUGGAGAGCUUCUAAUUCUGGAUUCCGCCAAUAGUAACCUCUACAAGAUCUCCUCCUCCUUGUCUCAAUAUACCAGACCAAAGCUGAUUGCCGGAUCAGCCGACGGGUACAGUGGACAUGUGGAUGGGAAAACCAGAGAAGCAAGGAUGAACCAUCCCAAGGGGCUUACCGUUGAUGAUAGAGGAAAUAUUUACAUAGCAGACACCAUGAAUAUGGCAAUCAGGAAAAUAAGCGAUUCUGGGGUUACAACUAUAGCAGGAGGCAAAGUGGGGCGUGGAGCUGGUCAUGUAGAUGGACCGAGUGAAGACGCAAAGUUCUCUAACGACUUUGAUGUAUUUUACAUAGGAAGUAGUUGUUCCCUCCUCGUAAUUGACAGAGGAAACCAUGCAAUCAGGGAGAUUCAACUCCAUUUUGAUGAUUGUGCUUACCAAUAUGGAAGUAGUUUCCCUUUAGGAAUUGCAGUGCUUCUAGCUGCUGGUUUUUUUGGCUACAUGCUUGCAUUACUUCAAAGGAGAGUUGGUGGUAUAGUCUCCAAGCAAAGUGCUUUGACGCAGAAGUAUGAGAGUAGUACUAUGAUUGGAAAGACAAGCAUUCCUCAAAGUCCAUAUCAAAAGCCCUUUCUAAAACCAUCAAUCAGGCCACCGUUGAUCCCUACAGAAGAUGAGUUGCAACCAGAAAAGCAAGACGAUGGUUUCUUUGCAUCUCUUGGAAGACUCUUAAUCAACACAGGUACUUCAGUAUCAGAAAUAUUAGAAGGAAUAUUUCCCGGUGGAUUUAGAAAGAAGUCAGUUAAAUUCGAGUACCAAAGCCAAAACCAUCAGGUGACUAUGCCUAUGCAUUCUAACGAAAAUUGGGCAGUGCAGCAACCCGAUAGUUUUGUGAUACCGGACGAAGACGAACCACCCCCACCUUCAAUAGAGACCCGUGCUCCCACACCUCGUAAAACUUAUGCAUUCAUGUCAAAGGAUGCUGAGAAAAUGCAACAGCUUCGUCAAAGUAGGGUUUUCUAUAGCGGAUGGGAUGGAGAGUUCCAGAAUCAGCAGCAGCAGCAACAACAACAUCAGCAACAACAGCAUCAUCAUCUAUAUCAUUCGUCUACCCCAAAAACAUACUAUGAGAAGAACAAGGAAGAAACAGAGGAGAUAGUGUUUGGAGCAGUUCAAGAGCAAAAUGGACGGUUUGAAGAUAUGGUAAUAAGGCCUCUGGAUCACUGGACUCCAACUUAUGGAAAUCAUAAAGUUAGAUCCCAAAGAGUGAAAUCGUCCGUGGGCUACUAUUGAGGUAUAUUUAUAUUAUUAUAUACAUAAUACAUAUUCUUUAAGAGUUUGUUGUCCUUUUUACAAAAUUUAGCUAUCUUUAAAACAUUUGUGUAAUUCUGGGGUGUGGAUUGGGGGGGAAGAAGAACAAGUGGAGUACUUGUUUAAGCAGUUUUGAGCAGUCAUUUUACUUUGUCAAGUUGUUGUGUCGAAUCAUCAGCUGCUGCUCUGUCAAAGUAAAGUUGGAAACAUGUAAGCAUGUUAUUCUCAGAAAAAUAAAAAGGGUCCUUUUCAUGUCA